CCUCAAAAACGUAAUCACUCAUUAUAUUUUCUUUUGUUGUUGUUGUUGUUGUUGUUGUUGUUGUUGUUGUUGUUGUUGUUGUUUCUUUCAAACGUGAAUACCUGAAUCCAAUUCUCGCUGGUGUAUGAUCCUUAUAUGGAAGAAUUGACUACAAAAUAAAAAAGCUAUCUCUUAAUCAAUCAUCCCACCAUAUUUAUAAAGGUGAAUGUUACAAUCUCAUCACGCAUCUACCAGCUAGGUUCCUAAUCCUUCCUAUCACAUUAUUCACACACACACUCGACAUAUGUGGAUUAUUUUGUAUUCACAUAAACGAUAUAUAUAAUACAGCAGAGAGAUAGAGAGCAAUGGAGAUAUCGAAAUGCAAGGCUGUGUUGGCGUUAGUGUUUUUGCAGUUUACGUCGGCGGGAGUUGCACUCUUCACGAAAGCUGCUUUCACGGAAGGAGUCACUCCCACCGUCUUCGUUGCUUACCGUCAAGCCAUUGCCACUGCCUUCAUCUGCCCCAUCUCUUUUAUUUCCGCUUGGAAAAAGAAAACAAACCUUGUCUCGGAGCAAGAGGCUGUUGGUGGGUGGCUCUCACGGCUGUUAUUGGUGUGACUGUGAACCAGAACGCUUAUUUUAAAGGACUUGACUUGUCUUCUUCAUCCAUGGCUUGUGCCAUGACCAAUCUUAUUCCUGCCGUCACCUUCAUUAUAUCCGUCAUUGUUGGAUACGAGAGUAUUAAGAGUAGUAUGAAAAGUGUUGCAAAAGUAAUAGGAACAGGUGUGUGUGUGGGAGGAGCCAUGACAAUGACUUUUCUAAGAGGUCCAAAAUUGCUCAACGCCCUGCUCAACCAAGACAGCACCACUUGGUUACUCGGCUGCAUAUUGCUUGUCAUUAAUAUGUUGGCAUGGUCCCUUUGGUUGGUCUUUCAGAUCCCUAUUGCCUCUCACUGUCCUGAUCACUUGUACACUUGCUCCUGCAUAUGUGUCAUGGCUACCAUAUCCUCUUUCCUAGUGGCUCUCGCCUUAGGCAACACUCAUUUAUCACCAUGGAAGCUUCAUUCCUUUUUGAAGCUCUCCUGUUGUAUAUACUCUGGCAUCCAAUUGGCGACAAUGUUCUUUCUACAAGCUUGGGUCGUGACACAGGAAGGACCUCUUUUCUCUGCCCUCUUCAACCCUCUUGCAGCAAUCAUCACCAAAAUCUUCGGCUCUUUGUAUUUACAAGAACAGACUUACCUCGAGAGCUUGCUAGGCGCUUUGGCUAUCUUCAUUGGUCUCUACAUUGUUCUCUGGGGAAAAUCCGAAGACUAUGAAGAAGAAUCCAUAGGCCUAAAAUUGGAAGAUGGACACACCACUUCCUCCCAAGCUGACAUUGCUUCCAUUGUGAUUGGUGAUAAGGCCUUCCGUAGUUCAGAGCUCUUAGAACCUCUUCUCAUGUGAGUUGUAUACGAAGUCAGCGUAAAGAGAUUGCUUUAACAAUGGGCAAUUUAGAAUAUGGCAGUGAUAAAAAAAGAAAAGAAAUGGAACUUCGUUUACAAAUCUCACUUGUCCCAACAGAUGUAGAAGCUACUCCAUGCACAAAACAUUAGGAAAAUAGAAGCACAAAGCAAGGUGAUUUUGUAAUUCAUUUAGUCAUAUGUUGCAAAUUCAAGAGAAGAAAUUACAUUGAAAAGCAAGUGCAAUCUUACACACACACACACACACACACAAAACAAGCCAUGAACGAGC